CUGCCUGCCCUCCACGCAGGAGACGAGGGAUUUCACAACCCAGCCCAGACAGGAUUAAAGAGAAAUACACAAGUAAACAAAUAGCGGCUUGGUGAAGCGGGACGCGCUGCGCGGGGAGCGGAGCCUCCGUCGGGCGGUCAAACUGCCCCUGUCAGAGGAAAGGAGUUGCUUCCUGUUAUUUCCAUUGAAAUACUUGUCCCGCUCGUUAGCCGGCAGGCUCCAGCAGGAUGGCACGGCGCGUACAGACGGGCUCCGGCCGCCUCUCCCGAGGGCUCCUGCUGCUCUGGGCGCUCCUGGGCACCGGGCUCUGCCACACGGGCAUGGAGGCGGAGGGCUUCGCCCAGGAGAACAGGACGAGCCCACCCAUGGCCACGUUCAACUGGACGACCCAGUUUGUGGAGGAGACGUACAGCAACAUCACCCAGAGGUGCUGGGAGAUCUUCGUCGACCUGAUGAGGAACGUGACGGCGGCCGAGCUGUGCGAGUGGAAAGUCAUCAGCAGGCCCUACAGCUUCCUGCAGGCCUGCUUGGAGGACUGGGCCGACCAGCUCCACUACGGUUACCCCAACGCCUUGGCGGAGCAGUACAUCUUCCAGAGCCACCAUCGUUAUUUCCACAACUGCACCCAGGAGCACCCCGUCUACUUCGACCCACCCGAGGAUGUCCUGUUGGCCAUGAUCAUCGCUCCCAUCUGCCUCAUCCCUUUCCUGGUCACUUUGGUCAUCUGGCGUAGCAAGGACGGCAAAGCUCAACCCUAAAAACCCCCAGAAUUUGGGGGUCUGCCUGCGACGGGCAGACCAC